GGUGAUAAAAACAAAACAAGUACACAAAAAAAUAUUAGUCAAUAUUUUUUCAGUUUUCUUCUCCUUUAGAAAGUGUUUUAGAAUUAAUUUGUAAAUAUACUACAUUAAUAAAUCUCUAGAAAACAUACAAUAUGGAUUUGGGGGAGACAGAAGAUGAUCAAAAAUUUGUUAUUUACAAACAUGAAGAUUUGUUUAGCGAAAGUUUUCCUUUAAUGAAAGAAAUACGACGUAUGGGCAAGUUAUGUGAUGUGACCUUAAAGGUAGAAGAUCAAACAUUCUCAGCCCAUCGAAUUGUUUUGGCUGCUACCAUACCAUAUUUUUAUGCCAUGUUCACCAAUAACAUGGCCGAGAGUCGCAUUAAAGAAAUUACCAUGAAAGAAAUUGAACCCACAGCUUUGGAGAGUUUGAUCAACUUUGCAUACAGCGGCCAAGUACGCAUUGAUAAUCAAAAUGUCCAAAGUCUAAUGAUGGGUGCCUCAUUCCUGCAAUUGCUUAAAGUACGCAAUGCCUGUGCCGAUUUCCUAAUAUCACGCUUUCAUCCACACAAUGUUCUGGGUAUACGGCAUUUUGCGGAUUCCAUGAGUUGUACACAUUUAAUACGGGCCGCCGACAAAUAUGUAGAUUCAAAUUUCACCAAAGUCUCGCAAUCUGAGGAAUUUUUAAGCCUAGACUUUGAGGAGUUAAUUGAACUAAUCAAGAGUGAUUUUCUCAAUGUUAAAUCCGAAGAGGUCGUUUUCGAAGCCUGUAUGAAAUGGGUAAAGUACUCGGAAGAUAAACGUUCGACCAUGUUUCCUCAAGUACUGGCACAAGUCCGCUUGCCACUGCUAUCACCACAAUUUCUGGCCGAUCGUGUGGCUCGCGAGGAAAUGAUACGUUCGUCACAUCAGUGUCGCGAUUUAUUGGACGAAGCUAAAGACUUUCAUUUGAUGCCAGAACGCAGGGGUCUUUUGCAAAGUUUUAGGACCCGUCAAAGAGGUGAAUUUAUUUCUGGUCAAAUAUAUGCAGUUGGUGGUUUAGCCAGUAAUGGAGAAUCGGUUAGUACGGUUGAAAUCUAUGAUCCUCUAACACAAAAAUGGCGCAUGGGUGAACAAAUGUCAAUGAUGAGAUCCCGAGUAGGUGUGGCUGUUAUGGAUGGUAAAUUAUAUGCAUUUGGUGGUUUUAACGGUUCCGAGCGUUUAUCUACGGUGGAAGUAUAUGAUCCCAAGAAGAAUGUAUGGUCUCAAGGUAGUGCUAUGAAUUGUAAAAGAAGUGCUGUUGGUGUGGCCGCUUUAAAUGAUUGCAUUUACGUUUGUGGUGGCUAUGAUGGUGUGACAUCCCUCAACACCGUUGAAUGUUAUUGCCCCAAUACGGAUAUAUGGAAAACUGUAGCACCUAUGAUGAAAUAUCGUUCGGCUGGUGGUGUGGCGGCCUUAGAUAGUUUUGUUUACGCUCUAGGCGGUCAUGAUGGCCUCUCCAUUUUCGAUUCAGUGGAACGUUAUGAUCCCAUUAAUGAUGUUUGGCAUAAAAUGAAACCGAUGUUAAAUCGUCGUUGUCGUCUGGGUGUGGCUGCCUUAAAUGGCAAACUUUACGCUUGUGGCGGCUACGAUGGCAAUUCAUUUCUACGAUCAGUGGAAGUUUAUGAUCCCAUUAAAGAUUCCUGGUCUUUAGUAACUCCUAUGAAUUGCAAACGUAGUCGUGUGGCCUUAGCGGCCAAUAUGGGAAAAUUGUGGGCCAUCGGUGGUUAUGAUGGCGAAACAAAUCUAUCCACCGUAGAGGUUUAUGAUCCGGAAACAGAUGUUUGGACUUUUGUACCCUCAAUGUGUGCUCACAGUGGGGGUGUGGGUGCUGGUGUUAUACGUAAUGAAUAAAUUAUAUGUAUUGCUUUUUAUAACACUGUGUCUUCAGGUUAGUUUUAAAUAGUUAUUAUUAUUUAAUUUUAAUCAUGCUAAUCUCCCAUUUUUUUCUACUUUAAAUAUUUUAUAUUUUUUACAUGUUUUAUAUACUACAUAUACGCAUUUUAAAUUUUUGAGGCACAAUUCGUUUAUCACGAAGUAUGAAAAUUCAAUGUGUUGCUAUUACUUUUUGUUGCAAUUCUCCGCAUUGAAACUUUCGAAAUCUUUCUAAUAUUUAUGAGAUCUAGAAAAUAUAUUGGGCAUAGAAUAAAAACAUACAUAGAAGGGAAGGAGAGAGAAAUGCCACUGAAAAAAAUUAAACAAAUUUAUUAUUUUUCAUCCAUAUGGUUGAUACAAUAACAAAACACAUGCCAACAAAUUCUCAUGAAUUAGGAUUUUGAAAACAGACUUAUUUUUUGUCGAGAACAUUUCUGAAAUUAAUUAUUAAACUGAUCCAUAAUCUAAUUUUAAUUUUAUAAAAGGUUUUUAAUAAUUUUUGAUAAAAUUAAAAUAUGAUUAUGAAUAAGGGGUAACCAUUUUAUUGUUGUGAUAAACUGAAUUGUGAAUCACUUUUUUCAUUAUCUUUAUUUUUUUUUUAAAAAAUCAUUCCAAAUUUUUAAUAUAUGUAUUUUUAUAUCAAUCAAUUAUCCGUUUUAUGUGCUAUAAGAGAGAAACAGUGUACAAAAAAGUGAAUUUUUUUAAAUCGAAAGCAAAUACAUACCACAUAAGUUUUAAAUUUAUAAAAUAUUGAAAAUAUUGUACUGAACACGUUAGAAAAUCUGACAUUUUAAAAUUUCUACAUUCGUUAAUUAAAAUAAUAAUUUUGCUGUAUGACACUGUCUCUCAAAUAUCAAAAUUUUUAUUAAUUAUUAAGCACAAAACUGGUCUAAAUCAUGACAAAAAAAAAUUAUUGACAAACAUUUUUGGAAUUUUUUCAAAAUAAAAAGAGUAUUUAAAAAAACUCCACUUUUAUGUAGUUUGCUUAUGAAAUCUUUAAUAAACAUAUUUAUCUUAAUAAAAUUAAAACAAUUUUAGAAAUUAAUAAAA